AUGGUCGGAAUCGCUCUGUCCGCUCUCUCAGCGCUCGCCCUCUCCCUGUCUGCUGCGGCGUCGCCCCUUCGCCUGGCAAAGCGCGACCCGGUGCCAUCGUUUGUCCUUGAACAUGCACCGCUGUCGUACCUCUACUCCAAGGAGCAAUGGUGGCCUUCGGACGUUGCGGUCCACCUGACCCACGUUACGCCCCAGGUGAACUUCACGAACAUCGCGGAUGCCGUCACGUUCGAGACCAUCCCCUCACUGGCCAGCGAUGUCUUCCUGACUUCGAAGGACGACGUGACGACGUCUCCCGAUUGGAUUACAAAUGAUGCUGGCAAGCCCGAUGCCAAUGGGCUCAGCACGGCACCGUCGACGAUCGUCCUGGUGAACAAGCCCGGAGGCAUUCUCGACGCGUUCUUCUUUUACUUCUACUCCUAUGACCACGGAGGAAAGGUUCUGGACAUUGAGUUCGGCGAUCACGUAGGCGACUGGGAACACACCAUGGUCCGCUUCACCAACGGCACUCCCACCGAGUUCUACCUCUCCGCACACUCUGGCGGCUCCGCAUACACAUUCGACGCGGUCAACAAGACCAACGGCCGCCCGAUCUCGUACAUUGGCGUCGGCACGCACGCCAACUACGCCACCCCCGGCAAGCACUGCCACGACCUGCCCGGAGACCUGCUCUGCGACCAGACUGACGCCAGUUUCGUCUGGGACCUCGCCGCGAACUACCGUGCGUUCUGGUUCGACAACAGCACCCAGACGUUCAGCGUUGCUGGUGGCGCGGGCUCCGGCGCGCAGUCCAUCGAUGCCGAAGGCGCAGGCUGGCUGCAGUACGAGGGCGCGUGGGGUGAUGAGCAGUACCCAGACGACGAGCACGGGCAGUACUGUCUCGUGAUUGGGAGCCUGGUCGACGAGUGUCAGUUUGUCAGCGGUCCUACUGGUCCUAUCAAGAAAAACCUUGGACGCACGGCUGUCUGUCAGAAGGAGAGCAGCUGCACGGUCGCAACGUCGCUUUGA